GGCACUUUUUAAUGAUUUGCCAACCGUUAAAAAGAAGAAGAAGAAGAAGAAGAAAAAGCGGAAGAAGACUUGUCGGUACAACCACAACACCAGAGUAAAAACAAGUGGAUUAAAGUGUCCUGAAGGAACAGAUAAAGCAGAACGUUCUGAAGAAGAACAGGACACAGUGAUGAUGUCACUGCACAGACAGCUACAUCAACUGUUAGCAGUAUGGAGGAAGACAAGAGUGGAAGUGUCUCAGUUUUCAGCCACUGGCUUUCAUAGCUCUACACCUUCAGAUCCAGAUCCCACAGAGAUCCACAAGAAGAAGCUCCUCCUUUGGUUCAGCCACCUUCCCAAAGAGGAGAAACAAUUUGGAGAUGUCUUUAGUCCAGAGACGAUGCAUGUGGAUCCACUUAUCCUGGAAAGACAGUAUGAGGAAAGAACUGGACCAGUCAGGUCAUUUUAUGAAACUCAGACCUGCCCUGGUCCAUCUUUGAACAUGGAGCAGCUUUUUGAGACACCUGAUGGCUGGGGUGUAGGCAGAGGGSCCAAUAUAUUGUUGUAUGGAGCUGUGGGAACUGGGAAGAGUACAGUGGUUCGAAAACUCGUCCUGGACUGGUGUACUGGGACCACACUGAGUCGCUUCAAACUUCUGCUUCCUUUCUCCUGUGAAGAUCUCAGCCAGCUGUCCAAGGCGUCUUCCUUAAGAGAUCUGGUAGGCCGGAAGUACCUCCACCUAAGGAAACACCCUGUGCUCAGUGGAGAUGGAGACCAAGCCAAGGAUGUGCUGUUUCUUUUUAAUGGGAUGGAGAAAAUGCAACUGGACUUCCGGAUCGGAGCAUCUGAGCUUUGCAGUGAUCCCAAUGAGCCUCUUCCUCCAGGUGUAGUUGUGGUGAACCUGCUGAGGAAAUAUCUACUGCCUGAGGCCAGCAUCUUGGUUACCACAAGACUGUCUGCUCUGGACCGGAUCCCUCACAAGUAUGUGAGUCGAUAUUUUCAGAUUUGUGGCUUCAAUGACCCAGACAGGCAGCGUGCGUACUUCACCAGCCGCCUGCUGCAGCAAAGUGGUGAAGCUGCUCUCAACCCAGAGGCCCACAUGAUGAUCGAGCUGCUCUACCUCAACCUGCAGAGAGAGAGCCAGCUGGCUGCUGCUUGUUUCCUCCCGUCUUACUGCUGGCUCACAUGUGCUACUCUUCACCUUCUCCAUUUCACCAGUGCUCAGGCACCCAUCCGCACUCUAACAGGCAUUUAUACCAGUUUCCUCAGACUGAACUUUGGGGGUGAGGUACUGGGCACAAAAACAUGGACUGAUGCAUCCUCUCAGGAUCAAAACGCUUCUCUGAUGAUGUACGUUGUCCGUACAGUUGGUAAACUUGCCUUUGAUGGUGUGAUGUCCAAACACACGUYGUUUUCAGAGAAAGAACUGGAACAGUGGAUAGGUGGGAAGACCAAGACAGACGAGGAGCUUCGUCAGCAGGCCGUGUUCCAGACCGAUGUGCUGGACUUCUUUUUGGCUCCUUGUGUAGAGAGUAAAAAGUAUUUACCCAAAGUGCUCAGUGAGAGUAAUGAGAGGCGCUAUGUGUUUGCUGUUCCAGCCAUGCAGGAGUACCUCGCAGCUCUCUACGUAGUUUUAGGAGAAAACAAAUCAGCGCUGGAGAAGCUCACCAGUCAAGUGUCAGUGGUCAUUGGUCAGGCCAGUGAGGAUGUCAACGCCAUCGUCAGCAUCUUUUCUAAAUUCAUCCCACUCCGGCUCUUUGCUGUCUUCAACCUACUGAAACUCUUCCCAAAGCUUUAUGAGAAAAUCAAAUAUCAUAACAAAGGGAGAAUUGCCAGAACCAUGACGACUGAGAUGUUCCGCUCUGAGGACAGCUCCAACGAGGAUGUCCUGGAUCAAGUGGAGCAAAGUCUUCUGGGAGUCCAUGGUCCACAGCCGCAGCAGUAUGACGACAGCAAGCCUUUUGAGCUUUACCCCAUCUUCAUGGGUGGAUUGUUGCAUUAUGGCAAUCGUGCACUUCUCCAGCAACUGGACUGCAACAUUCAGAGCACAACGGUGGCCCAGAUCACUCAGGCCCUUCGGAAGCACCUGGUCAGAGAGCUCAGCAAGCCUCUGCCCCCAGAGGAGCUCAUGGAUCUGCUGGUUCUUCUCUAUGAGUUUCAGAAUCCUAGACUAACAGAAGAGGUUCUGUAUUCACUCAGAACCAUUUGCCUGACCAAUGUUCGAAUGACAACACUCAAAUGCUUCAUUCUCAGCAAUGUGCUAUCAUGCACCUCUACAAGUUUCCACCUGAAGGAGCUGGACUUGUCCUCGUGUCACCUGACAAACCAAAUGCUUCAGAUGUUGUGGCCCGCCUUCAGACACACAAACAGCCUCAA